GGCAAUGAAACAACAGAGCAGAGCUUGCCAGUUUUUAUUUAAACAAAUCUCAUUUCACUCACCUCCAACGUUCAAGAGAUAUGGCGGAGGUGGAGAAGGAGGCCACUUGGGUGGCAACGACUCAAGCAGAUCUGGAGGGGGCGUUCUUGCUGCUCCAUCGAAUUAUGGAGUGGGAGGAGGAUGUGGUCGGAGCAGCGGCUGGGAAGACAGCGGGUUCGAGUGGGAGUUGCACAAGGAAAACGUACGACCCUUGAAGUGCGACCGCAACACGAAACUCCUCAACAGAGCUCUCAAAGUCCAGGUUGAUCGUGACCUAAAGGCUCCCUCCUCCAAACUAGCAGGAGGAUGAUCGAGGCGAUUGAUGAGUACCAAGGAGAGGAUUCCCUUCGGCCAU